CAGGCUGCCUUUUGGGUAGAUUUGACUCUGCGUGGCUAGACCCGUAUGCGUGACCGGUGUCUGCCACCGCGGAUGGCGAGGGAUCUGAUCGGGCCCGCGCUGCCGCCCGGCUUCAAGGUCCGCGGGACAACGGAGGACGAAGAACGGGACCCGAGCCCGGUUGCAGGACCAGCUCUGCCCCCUAAUUAUAAAAGCAGUAGUUCCGAGUCAUCAGACAGUGAUGAGGACAGUAGUUCUUUGUAUGAAGAAGGAAAUCAAGAAUCUGAAGAAGACGACACUGGUCCAACUGCAAGAAAACAGAGGCGAAAUCAAGAUGAUGACGACGAUGAUGAUGAAGGGUUUUUUGGACCAGCCCUUCCCCCUGGAUUUAAAAAGCAGGAUGAUUCUCCUCCAAGGCCUAUAAUAGGUCCUGCAUUACCACCUGGUUUUAUUAAAUCUACACAGAAAAGUGACAAAGGCAGAGGUGAUCCAGGACAACAAGUAUCAUCAUAUUUCAACUCUGAGGGAACAGAUAGCAGUGAAGAUGAGGACAUUGUUGGACCAAUGCCUGCAAAAGGACCAGUGAACUACAGUGUAACAACAGAGUUUGAGAAAAGGGCCCAGCGAAUGAAAGAGAAACUGACUAAAGGGGAUGAUGAUUUAUCUAAACCAAUUACAAGGGAGUCUUGGAUGACUGAGCUUCCCCCGGAAAUGAAAGACUUUGGUCUUGGGCCCAGAGCUUUUAAAAGAAGAGCUGAUGACAAAUCUGGAGAUCGAUCAGUCUGGACAGAUACUCCAGCUGACAGGGAAAGGAAAGCUAAGGAAACACAAGAAGCAAGGAAGUCAUUCAAUAAGAAGGAUGAAGAAAAUGUAUUGUCAGGAAGGGAAAAGAGAUUGGCUGAGCAAGUAUCCUCAUACAAUGAAUCAAAAAGAUCAGAAUCUCUUAUGGACAUUCAUCAUAAAAAAUUAAAGAAUAAGGCUGCUGAAGAUAAAAAUAAGCCCCAAGAAAGAAUACCAUUUGACCGUGAUAAAGAUCUCAAAGUUCAUCGGUUUGAUGAAGCUCAGAAAAAAGCCCUGAUCAAGAAAUCUAGAGAACUGAACACCAGAUUUUCACACGGCAAAGGCAAUAUGUUUUUAUAAGGGGAUUUCCCUGUGCAGUGAAGAAAAGUUGAAGAAUGCUCUUCUGUCUGUCUGUCUGCCUUUAUUCCUUUGUUUCGAGUUUCUUAAGAUUAGAGAUAUCUUUAGUCUUAAAAACCAUAGACUUACCUUGUUCCAUGCGUCGUUUAAAGUCAUGUGGAAACAUAAAAUCAGUGUUUCUCAUGUAGAAUAGAAUUUUAUGUGUCUUUGG